AUGGAAGGUCUUAGGCAAACAUUCCAGCGCUGCAAGGCCCAGGGCAGGUCUGCGCUUGUUACCUAUGUUACUGCUGGUUACCCCACGCCGCAGGACACGCCCGGCGUCCUGCUGGCCAUGGAGAAGGGUGGCGCUGACGUGAUCGAACUCGGCGCUCCCUUCACCGACCCAAUUGCCGACGGCCCCACGAUCCAGACAUCGAACACUGUUGCGCUGCAACAUGGCGUCACGAUCGAGUCCACCCUCCAGAUGGUCAAGGACGCAAGGAGUCAGGGCUUGAAGGCGCCCGUGAUGUUGAUGGGAUACUACAACCCCCUCCUCAGCUACGGCGAGGAGCGCCUCCUGAACGACUGCAAGAGCGCCGGCGUCAACGGCUUCAUCGUCGUCGACCUGCCCCCCGAGGAGGCCAUCUCCUUCCGCAAGCUCUGCACCAAGGGCGGCCUGUCCUACGUGCCCCUGAUCGCCCCCGCCACAUCGGACGCCCGCAUGAAGAUUCUCUGCAAGCUCGCCGACUCCUUCAUCUAUGUCGUCUCCCGCCAGGGCGUCACCGGCGCUCUCGGCUCCCUGAACGCCAACCUACCGGACCUUAUCGACCGCGUCAAGAAGUACAGCGGCGACAAGCCCGCCGCCGUUGGUUUCGGUGUAAGCACCCGCGAGCACUUCCUCAGCGUCGCCCAGCUCGCCGACGGCGUCGUCGUCGGCUCCCAGAUCAUCACCACCCUGCAGAAGGCCGCCCCCGGCGAGCUCUUCAACGACGUUGAGAAGUACUGCGCGUACCUCUGCGGCCGCAACAGCCCCGAGGGCGCCGAGACCACCCGCGAGGUCGGCAUGGUGGAGGCCAUGGCCGCCGCCAAGGAGCCCCAGAACCCGACCGUCGACCACAUCACCGCCGACCAGGACAGCGAGCUGGUCGCGCAGCUUGCCGCCAUGCACGGCAAGAUCCCCGAGCGCUUCGGCGAGUUCGGCGGCCAGUACGUCCCCGAGAGUCUCAUGGACUGCCUGUCGCAGCUCGAGGAGGGCUUCAACAAGAUCAAGGACGACCCGUCCUUCUGGGAGGAGUACCGCUCGUACUACGAGUACAUGGGCCGCCCCGGCCACCUGCACCUGGCCGAGCGCCUGACGGAGCACGCCGGCGGCGCCAACAUCUGGCUGAAGCGCGAGGACCUCAACCACACCGGCUCGCACAAGAUCAACAACGCCCUCGGCCAGCUGCUGCUGGCGAAGCGCCUCGGCAAGACCAAGAUCAUCGCCGAGACGGGUGCCGGCCAGCACGGCGUCGCGACCGCCACGGUCUGCGCCAAGUUCGGCAUGGAGUGCACGGUGUACAUGGGCGCCGAGGACGUCCGCCGCCAGGCGCUCAACGUGUUCCGCAUGAAGCUCCUGGGCGCCAAGGUCGUCGCCGUCGAGGCCGGCAGCAAGACGCUCCGCGACGCCGUCAACGAGGCCAUGCGCGCGUGGGUCGUCGAGCUCGACACGACGCACUACAUCAUCGGCUCCGCCAUCGGGCCGCACCCGUUCCCGACCAUCGUGCGCACGUUCCAGUCCGUCAUCGGCACCGAGACCAAGGCGCAGAUGCUCGAGAAGCGCGGCAAGCUGCCGGACGCGGUCGUCGCCUGCGUCGGCGGCGGCUCCAACGCCGUCGGCAUGUUCUACCCCUUCGCCAACGACCCGUCGGUCAAGCUGCUCGGCGUGGAGGCCGGCGGCGACGGCAUCGACACGGCGCGGCACAGCGCCACGCUCUCGGGCGGCAGCAAGGGCGUGCUGCACGGCGUCAAGACGUACAUCCUGCAGGACAAGCACGGGCAGGUCGCCGAGACGCACUCCGUGUCCGCGGGCCUGGACUACCCGGGCGUCGGCCCCGAGCUGAGCUCGUGGAAGGACAGCGAGCGCGCAAAGUACGUGGCGGCGACGGACGCGGAGGCGUUCAUCGGGUUCCGCCUCAUGUCGCAGCUGGAGGGCAUCAUCCCGGCGCUGGAGUCGGCGCACGGCAUCUACGGCGCCAUCGAGCUGGCCAAGACGAUGAAGAAGGGCGAGGAUAUCGUCAUCUGCCUGAGCGGCCGCGGCGACAAGGACGUGCAGAGCGUGGCGGACGAGCUGCCGAAGCUGGGACCCAAGAUUGGCUGGGACUUGCGCUUUUAG